UAGCACUUUUGGAAGCACAUGAUGAGAACGGAGUUGACCAGAAGCGUUGGAAAACGUUUUCAGGGUCCUUUCAAUAUUGGAUUCCGUUCGUGUUACAAGAACGUUUGCUCACCCCCGUGCUAACUGGGAACCGACAGCGUGACGGUGAAAAUGACUUCCUCGGAACUCGCACUGCUGAGCGUGUCAGAUAAAAUUGGACUGCUGGAGUUUGCCAAAAGGCUGGCGGACGUUGGUUUGGCUCUGGUAGCAUCAGGUGGGACAGCCAAAGCCCUGCGGGAUGCAGGACUGACUGUCAGGGAUGUUUCGGAACUUACCGGGCACCCAGAAAUGCUGGGGGGCCGCGUCAAGACCCUCCAUCCCGCAGUCCACGGCGGUAUCCUGGCCAGGAAGACGGCCAGUGACACCGCAGACAUGGAUAAACUGGGCUAUAGCCUAGUCAGGGUGGUGGUGUGCAACCUGUACCCGUUUGUCAAAACUGUCUCCAACCCGGAUGUUCAAGCGGAAGACGCUGUGGAGCAGAUUGACAUUGGUGGCGUCACUUUGCUGAGGGCGGCAGCUAAGAAUCACACACGGGUCACAAUUGUGUGCGACCCGGCUGAUUAUUCACUGGUUGCCACGGAGAUGGAGAGCGCAGAAGACAAGGAUACCACUUUGGACACACGAAGGACUCUGGCUCUUAAAGCUUUCACUCACACGGCCCAGUAUGACGACGCUAUAGCGGAUUACUUCCGCGGACGGUACGGCCGUGGCGUUUCGCAGCUGCCCCUGCGUUAUGGCAUGAACCCGCACCAAGCGCCCGCCCAGCUCUACACGCUGCACUCGGGCCUCCCCCUCAAAGUGGUCAACGGCUCUCCCGGCUUCAUCAACUUGUGCGACGCCCUGAACGCGUGGCAGCUCGUCCGGGAACUGAGGAGCGCCCUCGGCGUGGCCGCUGCCGCGUCCUUCAAGCACGUCAGCCCUGCCGGUGCUGCAGUGGGAGUUCCUCUGACUGAAGAGGAGGCCAAGGUGUGCACGGUUCACGACAUGUUCAAGGAUCUCAGCCCGCUGGCCGCCGCCUAUGCCAGGGCGAGAGGUUCUGACCGGAUGUCUUCUUUUGGCGACUUCAUCGCCGUGUCCGAUGUGUGUGACGUUCCCACUGCCAAGAUUAUAUCAAGAGAGGUGUCUGAUGGGAUAAUCGCACCAGGUUACGAUGGCGAGGCACUCCGGAUCCUGUCUAAAAAGAAAAACGGGAAUUACUGCGUGCUUCAGAUGGACCCCGACUACGAGCCGGAUGACACUGAGGUGCGAGUGUUGUUUGGCCUCUAUCUCAAACAGAAAAGGAACAGUGCGCUUAUCAAUCGGGAAUUCUUCAGCAACGUGGUGUCCGAGGGCUCGCUGUCCGAGACAGCCGUACGUGAUCUCACUGUGGCCACCGUCGCUGUCAAGUACACUCAGUCCAACUCGGUGUGCUAUGCCAAAGACGGCCAGGUGAUCGGGAUCGGUGCGGGACAGCAGUCUCGGAUCCACUGCACCAGACUGGCGGGCGACAAAGCUGAUAACUGGUGGCUCAGACACCACCCUCGCGUGCUGACCAUGAAGUUCCGCAGUGGCGUGAAGCGAGCGGAGAUGGCAAACGCCAUUGACCAGUAUGUCAGUGACACCGUUGGAGAGGGUCCCGAAUUGGCCGUGUGGAAAUCGAUGUACGAGGCGGUUCCUGAGCUGCUCUCGGAGACCGAGAAGAAGAACUGGAUCAGCUCCUUGCAGGCGGUGGCUGCCAGCUCUGACGCCUUCUUCCCCUUCCGAGAUAACAUUGAUCGCGCCAAACGGAGCGGCGUCGAGUACAUCGCGGCUCCGUCGGGUUCCGCCGCAGACCAGAUUGUGAUCAACGCCUGCAACGAGCAGGGCAUCACUCUGGUGCACACCGACCGCCGACUGUUCCACCACUGAGCCUUCAACUCAACUGCAUUCAAGAAGCUCCUGUUGUCUAUCACGGAAGAUAUUGGAAACAUUCCACACUUAAUGUUGCUACACUUGUGGUUUUCAACUCUUGAAAUGCAUUCCCGGCUUGUGAAACGGAGAGAGGUCAUAGUCAUUGUAGGUCAGUGAUGAUUCAAUACGAUGGUGUAAUAAACUGUU